AUGGUGCGAGUCCCGCAGACGUCUGCGGAGUGGAAGAAGGCUCUGAUAGCCAUCAAGAAGGAUUAUCUGGAGAGAAAAUAUCGUUCCUGUCUAAAGCAAUGCCUUGACCUGUUGGAUGGCGCCAAAGUAGCUCGAACUGCGCAAGCUGUGCACCUCAUCUAUCUUCACUUCUACGCGGCCAGCACCCUUGAAUCUCAGCUCCGCUGUCUUCACCAAGCUUCUGAAUUUCGAAUGGAACUUCUCAAACAGGCUCAAGACCACUACUAUCGCGCCUCAGUACUCGCCGAGGCCGAGCUGGAGAACGUUGGAUACUUACUGAGAAGCUCUGCCGCGUCAUCUUUGACCAAUUCGCAAUAUUCAUUCGUGAGCUCCCGGGACUCGCUAUCAACCCGAAUGUCUUCACCCUCACCAACUUUUGAGUCUGAAGACAUUGAGAAGCGCCUCAGUAUCACCAACCACUCAACACCUACCGAACCCUAUGUGCGCCCAGACUCUCCCACGUUAGGGCCCGUUAGCAUAUUUUCUCCUAGCACAUCUCCCGAACCUAGCGCUCGCGAACUAGUUGAGGAACCGACCGACGCAUUGAGAUCAUGGACCGUUUCUCCUACCGAAUCAGCAGACCAACUCCUCUCGCCUUCCCUCAUCUGCGACGACGAAACUUUUAAUAGGGCCCAAGCUCUUCAUCGCUAUGCCUCUGCUAUCACGUUUAUUCGCCGCCAAAUCGCUCAUCAUGUCCUGACCAGCAAGGAAACCCCAUCACCUCCCGCGCCUUCAAACGAAGAGAUGCGAGCGUUGGAUCUCAAGGCCAGGAUCUCAAGGCUCCGCGCUGAGGGCUGGCAACGCAAGAGAUUUGAUCCGAGACGCUACGAUGCUCUUUGCGAGGCCGCCCUAGCCGAUCUUGCGGACUGA